CAUCCUGCAGGGGAGGGGAGGCUCCCUGCCCCGGGGAGAGCCGCCCACCCGGGCUGAGGGGUCUGUCCCCUCCGGUCCACGAGCUUGCAGCGAAGCAUGGAGGCGCGCCUGCGGGAGGCUCGGCUGUAUAAGGAGGAAGGGAACCAGCGGUACCGGGAAGGGAAGUACCGAGAGGCCGUGAGCAGGUACCACCGAGCCCUGCUGCAGCUGCGGGGCCUGGACCCGAGCCUGCCCUCCCCGAUAGCUGACCUGGGGCCGCAGGGCCCGGCUCUCACGCCCGAGCAGGAGAGCGUGCUGCACACCACGCAGACUGACUGCUACAACAACCUGGCGGCCUGCCUCCUUCAGAUGGAGCCAGUGAACUAUGAACGAGUGAGAGAGUACAGUCAGAAGGUGCUGGAACGGCAGCCUGACAACGCCAAGGCUUUAUAUCGGGCUGGAGUGGCCUUCUUCCAUCUACAGGACUACGACCAAGCUCAGCACUAUCUCCUGGCUGCCAUCAGUCAGCAGCCCAAAGAUGCCAAUGUCCGGCGGUACCUGCAGCUGACACAGUCAGAGCUCAGCAGCUACCAUAGGAAAGAGAAGCAGCUCUACCUGGGCAUGUUUGGCUAGCGAAGCCCAAAGAUGCUCCUGUAUCUGAACUGAGAUGGACCACCGAGGUUCAUCAGUGGACGAACGUGCACACCCAGCCAUGGGACGCCUGAGCCUACACAUGAGAAAUGUGCCCUGUACCUCCGACCCAGGUGGAUUUCCGUUUGGGUUAACAAUGUGUAAUCUAUGUCUGGGUUUUGUUUGUUUGAUCCAUGUGUGUAUCUGUUUGUAUAUUUUCCUUUUGGGGAUAUUUUCCUUGAGAAAAACAAUCAGAAAACAUU